AGAACGACGGUCAUCUUCGACGGACUCGAGUAUCUCAUAGCUUCUCCACAAAAUUCACAGAAACGAAAAGGACGGUGCUGGAGAGCGAAAUUGUCACCGAAUGUUCGUACGUGUGCAAUAUAAUGCAUGUUUCUUGUGGAAUCCUGAGAAAUGCAUGGUGUAUAGUGCUAUAUUGAUAAAAAGAAGAGCAUAUUUAUAAUUUUGAAUGACAUUUGUGAAUGACAAAUGGAAAAUGUUUUUGCACGUGUUUCGUUACAAGAUCCCGAUCUUAAUCACUUUCUACGUACUGUCAAUCAAAAGUCAUCGACUUCAUCGAAAUAGUGUAAUAGCAUCAGUGAUCUCUACUGAAAAUUCUUUGAAUAAUUCGCAAACUCGUAACGGAAGGUUUUUAUUUGAUGAAUUAUUUGGUAUCGACAUUGCCACUGAUAUUGAAACGGAUGACGAAAAAUUAAGAAACUGCACAUGCGAAUGCGGUUUAUUUAAUCAAGAAAAUCGAAUUGUUGGUGGGCGUCCUACGCUACCGAAUAAAUAUCCCUGGGUUGCAAGGCUAGUAUAUGAUGGUCGUUUCCAUUGCGGUGCUAGUCUGCUUAACAACGAUUAUGUAAUUACCGCUGCUCAUUGCGUACGCAGAUUGAAGCGUUCAAAGAUUCGCGUAAUACUUGGCGAUUAUGAUCAAUACGUAAACACUGAUGGAGUUCCUAUUAUGAGAGCAGUGAGUGUUGUAAUACGUCAUAAGAAUUUCGAUAUGAAUUCCUAUAAUCAUGACGUGGCUUUAUUAAAAUUACGCAAAUCCGUAAAAUUUUCAAAGAAAAUUCGACCGAUUUGUUUGCCUCAAUCAGGAAAUGAUCCUGCUGGAAAAGAAGGAACAGUAGUGGGAUGGGGUAGAACAUCGGAGGGAGGAAUGUUGCCUGGAAAAGUGCAUGAGGUACAAGUACCUAUAUACAGUCUAACGCAAUGUCGAAAAAUGAAAUAUCGAGCAAAUCGAAUUACUGAGAAUAUGAUUUGCGCGGGCCGAGGUAAUCAGGACUCUUGUCAAGGUGAUAGUGGUGGUCCCCUUCUUGUUCAGGAAGCAGAUAAACUUGAAAUAGCAGGUAUAGUGUCUUGGGGUGUAGGCUGUGGUAGACCUGGUUAUCCCGGAGUUUAUACGAGAGUAUCACGAUAUCUCAAUUGGAUACAUACAAACAUGAAGGAAGGCUGUAUAUGCAAUUGAAGAUCUACUUUUGCACCUUAAAUAUAUAAAUUUUCAAAGCAUUUCAAGUAUAUAAAAUUUCAAAACACAUAUAGUGAUCAUAGUCAAACGUGCUGCAAUAAGUACAUUUUAUAUACAUGAUUUACAUCUGAUCAAUAUCUACUAAUCAAUCAGCUGAUACUACAAAGAAUAUAAAAAUAUCUUAUGAGAGAGAAUAUCAAAAAAUCGACAUUUAAUA